AUGGCUCUCCCAAACAUCCAAGUCAGCAUGCACGAAGCGAGUCAACCGGGUGGAAUACUAGAGGAUUCAAAAUGGUGGCGUGUUUCCAUGACUAAUCAUGAUUUUCUACUCGCGGCUAUGAUUAUGUGUUUAGAUCUGAAUACAAAUCAAAGAACAGAUCCAAGACGUGGGGGCAUGAGUUAUUGUGCUGUUGCUGAAAAGAAAAAAUUGGAGGCAUUGAUCAGGGCGAGAGAUAUCUGGAAGGAGGUUGAGGGGAAGUGUAAGGAUUCUAAACCAGCAGUGGAUAUUUUGGGGAGUUUGAUUCAGAGGUUGACAGUAAAGGUACAGAAUAAUGUUGUGUUGGAUUUAAAUCCGGAUUGUGUCAAACAGCCUCCAAUUGUUGCGACUAUGAAUCAGGCGGAUGCGGAAGUCCUCGGUAAUGCGGUACCAAUGUAUACAGAUAUCUCUGUGCCGACAAUGUUUACGACCCAAGAUGACAGCUUCAAUGAUAUAAGUAUGAUUCCAGAAAAUAUGUUCGAUACAGAAGGCAUUUUUGGAACCUUUGGGGAACAAGUCGAUGUACCUGGAGAUUUUGAUCGAAUGAGUCCGCAUGCUUUAGGUCAGGAAAGAGAUUUUGAAAUGCGCGAGUACUACGCAGCACCAAGACAAUCGCAAAUUUAG